AUGCCCAAGACGUCCAGGAAACGCAGGAGUGGAGCCGAUCAUGGUCCUUCGACCAUGUCUGCUGGAGGAGGCGCUACUACGAGAUCAGGGAACCCUUCUUCUAAUUCUGGUCCCAAGCACAACAAUCUCAUCACUCCCAAUACUUCCUUGGGUCAGCAUUUCCUCAAGAAUCCAGCCGUCAUUCAAUCGAUUAUUCAAAAAUCCAGUGUCAAGUCCACCGAUAUUUGCUUGGAAAUUGGUCCUGGUACGGGAAACAUGACCAUUCCCUUGCUGGAAAAAUCCAAACAGGUGGUUGCACUGGAAUACGAUCAUCGCAUGGUUCGAGAACUCAACAAACGUGUGGAGGGAACUCCCCUGCGUAACAAAUUGCAUAUUAUUCAAGGAGAUGCUCUUCACACGCAGUGGCCCAAGUUUGAUGUCUGUGUGGCCAAUGUCCCGUACCAAAUAUCGAGUGCUCUGGUGUUCAAACUGCUGCAGCAUUAUCAUUUUCGAUGUGCCGUGCUCAUGUUUCAAGAAGAAUUUGCCUUGCGACUGACGGCGCGUCCGGGAGAAGCCUUGUACUGUCGAUUAUCCGUCAAUACACAACUACUCGCCAAAGCAGAUCAACUUUUGAAAGUGGGGAGAAACAACUUUCGACCUCCUCCCAAGGUGGAAUCCAGAGUUGUCAGGAUUCAAUGCAAACAGCCACCUCCACCAGUGAACUUUGUGGAAUGGGAUGGAAUGAUUCGACUUCUGUUUAAUCGCAAAAACAAGACGUUGCGAUCCGUCUUGAUGACCAAGUCCACGUUGCAACUCUUGGAAAGCAACCGCAAGACACAUCAAGCCCUAGCAGUACAGAAGAAGCAAGAUUCCAUGGAGGAGGAGAAUAAUGAUGAUGAAAACGACAAUAGCAAAAAAACCAUCAAGGAGAUUUUGGAAGAAAUCCUCGAACAAGAAGCGUGGAAAGGUAGACGAGCCUCCAAGAUGGAUCAGGACGAAUUCUUGCAGCUGCUGUCGGAAUUCAAUGAUGCAGGAAUUCAUUUUUGCUAG